UUAUGGAAAACCGAAUUUUGAUCAUAACGUCAUUACAAUAUAUUCCUUCUUAAUUCGCUCGAUUAUUUUAUGGAAAAGGGGUUUAUUGGGUUUAAUGUGUCAACUACUCUCUUGCUGCACAAAAAAAAUUGGGGUAGUUUUAGGCCUUGUGCGCAAAUUUUAGAAGUCAUUGGGCUAGACAUUUAAUCUGGACCUGGCAACCCUGCCAACAGCGUCUAGUCUGCGGAAAGCCACACUAAGAAGAAGAAGAAGAAGAAGAAGAAGAAGUUGCUUAGUUACAGUAGCUGUUCAACCCACACAUAUUUAGUCUAGCAUAGCAUCGUUUCAUGUAAUGCUAGCUAAAUAUUUUCAAUAUGCCAUGUAAAGUAACGUUACAUGGAGACUGCUUGGUUAUAACGGCAUAGACUAAAAAACAAAGCUAGCUAAUUAAGCAACUGAUUUGUCUCGAGUCAUAACUUUAGCGUGCAUGCAAGUUUUCGACCAGAGUGCUGAAGGAGACACCUGUUAUGUACAGCCCCAAAGAACUGGAGGGCGAGGUGGAUCACUCGUUUUUCGACAGUGAUUGUGACGGCAGCAGCAUUAGCAAAGAGCAGGGGAAGAGUGAAAGAAAUAGUGACAUAAGCUCUGAGGCUAGAAAGGAGCCAGACAUCCAGCCAGAGGCUCCACAGACAGAGCGGCAUAAUGGUACAGAAGGGUCCGGUGGUGGUACUAGGGACCCUAGUACUGCAGGAGUGAUACCUCAACCGAGGACAGAGGAGAAGGGUCAUGGCUUUGGGGCCGAAGACAGGAGGAACCGGUCUUCUAGCAUGUCUUCCAUUAAAUCAGAGUCGGAGGUGAAGGACGGCAGUGGUGCAGAGGAGGUAUCUAGCAUCCAUUCCAAGAGCUCCAGCGACAGCCGCAUGGCGUCAUCGGCAGAGGAGCAGGAAGAAGACGCUGAUGAUGAUGAAGAUGGCUAUCACCAGAGCCAAGAUGAAAGCGAGGAAGAGUCAAGGAGGCCACCGGGUCCCAGGUUGAUACCCGGACCUAAUGGGACACAGCACGGCAUUCCCAAGAAGCCUGUCAGAAAGCUCCACCACAGGAGCUUGUCCCUGUCUUCCACUUCAUCCGAGUCGGCGACGGAUGAGAGCUACAGCAGUGGGGAGAGCUGCUCCUCCGAGCCCUCUCACUCUGUGGACAUGGUGCAUACCGGGAAGCCCAGAGCCCUCUCUCCCCAAGCCCAGGCUCCCAACCCACCAGACAUCCGUGCCCUCCUCCCCCAGACGGAGGCCCCCCAGGCUGGGCUCGGCAGCACCCAGGAGAUGCCCCACACCACCGCCGCCCCUGGAAGAAGAGGAGGACACGGUGACUGA